GAAACGGAUUCUACUGGCGGAUUUGUUUCUUUGCUGGCCUCUUGUGUCGGCUGUUGACCUUAACGGAUUUCUGUUUGUUGUGGUUUAUUUCAGCCCUCUUUUCUCUGCAGAGGCACGCGCUGACCGCCUCGGAACAGAAUGGCAAAGUAAACGGACCCAGCUGUGCCAACGACGCACGAGCCAUUUCUUUGGGGUCUCUUUAAACAUCUGGUUCUCUGCGGCAGCUGCUGUCUCACACCGCGUGUUCCCAGAACCUCCGCCUUGUUUCUCCCGGAUCCCGGCUCUCCGUGACGCCGCGGCGCCCUGAUGGUGCGGACGGACGGCGCACGGUGGCUCGAGCUGCUGCUUGGACCCGCCGCCCGGUGAUUUUUAGCCCUGAGCCCGGAGACACGGUGCGUGGCGAUGGUGGUACGCGGUUAAUCCGGGACAUGGUCUUCCGCUCCAGUCGGAUUUACGUGCUGUUUCUUCAGUGGAAUCGUUCGCGUGACGAUGACCUCCAACCGCGCUUUACCCCGUGCCGUGCUCGUCGCAACCCGAGAGAGAAGCACGCGCCCCCGGUUCAAUGCGCACGAGAGGACGUCGUCUCCCCAAAAUCGCUGAGCUAACUCACCACCGGGAAGACUGGGAUAAAACCAACCGACACAAGCGAUAGGAGAAGAAAAAACCAAGCACCACAGCAACAAGCGGCAGCAGUGAUGGAGCUGUCCGAGGUGCGGUGCUCCAGCGCGAGCGAGGAGCUGUACACCAUCAACAAGACCCCGAGCAGCAGCAACAACAGCAACAGCAGCGGCAGCGGCAGCGCGCGACCCAAACGGCUGCUGUGGCAGAACGCGGUGCGGCACAUCACCGAGCAGCGGUUCAUCCACGAGCAGGGCGGGGGAGGCGGUGGGGGGGUGAAGGGCAUCGCGCCGGACGAGCCCUACGACCCGAGCCAGGGCGCGCGGAAGCAGUCAGCGGGCCGGACGUCGGUGGGAGACCGGCACAACAACGGCGGGACCAAGGUGUUCCCGGAGCGCGCCAGCAGCGACCUGGGCUUCUUGCAGAUCGACUGUGCGCCGAGCAACUCUGACUUCUUCCUGAACUGGGGCUACACGUACCGGGGUGUCAUCUUCCCCACGCUGCGGAACGCAUUCAAGUCCCGCGACCUGGAGCGGCUGUACCAGCGCUACUUUCUGGGCCAGAGGCGCAAGUCGGUGGUGGUGAUGAACAUCCUGGACGUGGUGACCAAGCUCACCCUGCUGGUGCUGCACCUCACCCUGGCCUCCUCCCCGAUGGACCCGAUCAAAGGGACGCUCCUGGGCUUCUUCACGGGCAUCGAAGUCGUUAUUUGUGCCUUAGUGGUGGUGCGGAAGGACACCACGUCGCACAGCUACCUGCAGUACAGCGGCGUGGUCACCUGGGUGGCCAUGGCCACGCAGAUCCUGGCGGCCGGGCUGGGCUACGGGCUGCUGGGUGACGGGGUGGGAUACGUGCUGUUCACCCUGUUCGCCACCUACAGCAUGCUGCCGCUGCCGCUCACCUGGGCCAUCCUGGCCGGCCUGUUCACCUCGGGGCUCCACAUCCUGGUCCAGCUGCUCAUCUCCCAGAACGCACAGCUCUCUACCAACCAGGUAGCGGCUCAGGCUGUGUUGUUCAUGUGCAUGAACACAGCGGGGAUUUUCAUCAGCUACCUGUCGGACCGGGCUCAGCGUCAGGCCUUCCUGGAGACGCGGCGCUGCAUCGAGGCUCGGCUGCGACUCGAGACAGAGAACCAGAGACAGGAGAGACUGGUGCUAUCAGUCCUGCCACGUUUUGUAGUUUUGGAAAUGAUCAACGACAUGACAAAUGUAGAGGACGAACACCUCCAGCAUCAGUUUCACAGAAUCUACAUCCACCGCUAUGAGAAUGUCAGCAUUCUUUUCGCAGAUGUUAAAGGCUUCACAAACCUCUCCACGACGCUGUCAGCGCAGGAGCUGGUGCGAAUGUUGAACGAACUCUUUGCACGCUUCGACCGCCUCGCACACGAGCACCACUGCCUACGAAUAAAGAUCCUGGGAGACUGUUACUACUGCGUGUCGGGUCUACCUGAGCCCAGACAGGACCACGCCCACUGCUGCGUGGAGAUGGGCCUCAGCAUGAUCAAAACCAUCAGAUACGUGAGAUCGCGUACGAAACACAAUAUCGACAUGCGUAUUGGGAUCCACUCGGGCUCCGUGCUGUGUGGCGUGUUGGGACUCAGGAAGUGGCAGUUCGACGUCUGGUCCUGGGACGUGGACAUCGCCAACAAGCUGGAGUCUGGAGGGAUCCCAGGGAGGAUCCACAUCUCCAAAGCUGCUUUAGACUGUCUGAACGGCGACUACGAGGUGGAGGAGGGACACGGGAAGGACCGCAACGACUUCCUGCGCCGCCACAACAUCGAGACGUACCUUAUCAAGCAGCCGGAGGAGAGUCUGCUCACCCUGCCGGAAGACAUCAUGAAGGAGGCGGCGAGCUCGGCCGACCGCCGGGCCAGCAGCGCCACCUUCAACGAGGCGUCCUGGAGCCCCGAGCUUCCCUUCGACAACAUUGUGGGGAAGCAGAAUACUCUGGCUGCCCUAACGAGAAAUUCGAUAAAUCUGCUUCCAAACCAUCUCGCACAAGCUUUGCAUGUCCACUCUGGUCCUGAGGAAAUUAACAAGCGAAUAGAGAGCGCCAUCGACUUACGGAGUGGCGAUAAGUUGAGAAGAGAGCAUAUCAAGCCUUUCUCACUGAUGUUUAAAGACUCCAGCCUGGAACAGAAGUACUCGCAGAUGAGGGACGAGGUGUUCAAGUCCAACCUGGUGUGCGCCUUCAUCGUGCUCAUCUUCAUCACCACCAUCCAAAGCCUGCUUCCCUCCGCAAGGACGGUAACCAUGGUGAUCCAGUUCUCGGUCCUCAUCGUCCUCCACUCCUGUCUGGUCCUGGUUACGACAGCAGAAGACUACAAGUGUCUGCCUCUGGUCCUGCGCAAAGCCUGCUGCUGGAUCAACGAGACGUACGCAGCGCGAAACGUCAUCGUCUUCGUCUCAAUCCUCAUCAACUUCCUGGCAGCCAUGAUCAAUAUACUCUGGUGCGACUUCGACAAGUCCAGCACCUUCAGGAACCAGACGUACAACGAGUCGGCCUCCAUCCCAGACAUCUGCUUCUACCCAGAGUAUUUUGUGUUCACGGGGGUGCUGGCAAUGGUGACGUGUGCCGUGUUCCUGCGGCUGAACUCCGUGUUGAAGUUGGCGGUGCUGCUGGUGAUGAUCGCCAUCUACUCGCUGCUGACCGAAGCUUUCUACACCUCGCUGUUUGUUCGCUACGACACCGUCCACCACAACACAGAAAACUUCCUGGGGACCAAAGAGACGUCUUUGCUCCUGAUGGCCAUGUUCCUCCUCGCUGUGUUUUAUCACGGCCAGCAGCUGGAGUACACGGCCCGGCUGGACUUCCUGUGGCGUGUCCAGGCCAAAGAGGAGAUCAACGAGAUGAAGGAACUCCGAGAACACAACGAGAACAUGCUGAGGAACAUCCUGCCCAGCCACGUGGCCCGACACUUCCUGGAGAAGGACCGCGACAACGAGGAGCUGUACUCCCAGUCCUACGACGCCGUGGGCGUGAUGUUUGCAUCCAUCCCAGGCUUCGCCGACUUCUACUCCCAGACUGAGAUGAACAACCAGGGAGUCGAGUGCCUGAGGCUGCUCAACGAAAUCAUCGCCGACUUUGACGAGUUGCUCGGUGAGGAUCGUUUCCAGGACAUCGAGAAGAUCAAGACCAUUGGCAGCACCUACAUGGCCGUUUCUGGUCUGUCGCCAGAAAAACAGCAAUGUGAAGAUAAAUGGGGUCACCUGUGUGCGCUGGCCGACUUCGCCAUCGCCCUCAACGAGAGCAUCCAGGAGAUCAACAAGCACUCCUUCAACAACUUCGAGCUGAGGAUCGGUAUGGCCCACGGCUCGGUGGUGGCAGGUGUGAUUGGCGCCAAGAAGCCUCAGUACGACAUCUGGGGGAAGACGGUGAACCUGGCCAGCCGGAUGGACAGCACAGGGGUCAGCGGCAAGAUCCAGGUCCCAGAGGAGACCUACCUGAUCCUGAAGGAGCGCGGCUUCGCCUUUGAGUACCGCGGAGAGAUCUACGUGAAGGGCAUUAGCGAGCAGGAGGGCAAGAUCCGAACACACUUCUUGUUGGGCCGCGUGCAACCCAACCCGCUCAUCCUGCAGCCGCGCAAAAUCACGGGCCAGUACUCGCUGGCGGCCGUGGUGCUUGGCCUGGUGCAGUCGCUCAACAGGCAGAAGCAAAAGCAGAUCCUCAACGAGAACAACAACUCUGGCAUCAUGAAGGGUCACCACCACUACAACCGGAGGACGUUGUUAGCGCCCGGUGGCUCCGAGGUGGGAGGGGGGCAUCACACCGAAGCAGCUGAUAAGACCGAGCUGUCCUGAAGAGCGGACUGGAGUUUGAGUUCAGCUCGGAUUUCUCAGAGGCUGAGCUGCUCUUCAGGCAGAAAUUAUCUCAGUGGUUGAGUUCAGUGGGUGCAGCUGCAGAACGCUGGUCUUCUGAAUGACUAACACUUGGACAGACACACCUGAGAGCAGGUGGAGGUCAACACUGUAGCAUUCCAGCACUGAAAUUUUCACCUGGUUUAAGACCUCUGAAUGGCUGCCCACAUCUCAGAAGUUGUUCUGCUGUUUACUUGUCCAUCUGGAAGAACAACUGACCAGUCAGGGUUUUGUAGGUAGGAUUAAUAACAGGGAUAUCAAGAUCCUGUGCUGGAGCCAGAAUCCAUUUUAUACAUAAAUGACAAAAUGUGGCAAAAGUGUGGUGGUGGUGGACAAAAUGUAAUCAGUUAUUAUUAGGUUUCUGUAAACCCUUCUGACCUUGAUUGGUUGGUUCUCGGUUCUCCUUGGUUCUCUAAAGAAAUAUGUGAGUGUGACUGCCAGGGUUGAACGCCAAACUCUGUAAAUUUUAGGGUAAAGAUUGAAUUAUGCUCACCUGGAUGUCAUGAGCGACUAAAGCAGGCAGAAUACAAACACCCCUGCAGCCUGAGUCAGGGCGGCGGGUAGCCAAAAGCCUUCACAAGUUUGGUUUGGCUUUUCAAAACUCGAGGCGUGAGGCACCAACACCCUCAUGAACAUCGAAUCACGUAAUUAAUUAAUGUGGAGUUUCAUUGUGCCAACGAAGGUGAGGAAGAAGACAUCCAGCUUCAGUAUCCGUGAGUGUAAACAAUGCAGGCUUCAUGCUUAAGGAAAUGCAGCGAGUUCACACGAGGUCAGUUAGCGAGUUAGCCUUGCAGAGGUUUGCCAUAACCUCGUGAACAAACUUGCUGACCUUUCAUGAAUGUCUUGCAAGGGCGAAUGAAGUCACUGACAUGUUUUCAUUAAAGGCAUCUUCAGGUUUGUCGGUUAAACCAAACAUGAAACAUGAAAAAGUGUCUCUGGCUCCUCCCCCUCAGAUUUAACUCAGCCAGCGAGAUGAUUUCUGCCUCCUGAAGCAGCUCUGUUCUUGAUGAAUGUUUGUAGAACUGAAACUCCACUUUGUUCCUGAAGGAGGAGGAGGUGG